AUGGCCAAUGAGAUACCAUUCGAAAAACGAUAUCAAAGAAUUCUUUCAAAAAAAUCAACAUAUUCUCCUCCAAUACGUAGUACAUCAUUAACAACAUUUAAACAACAUCGAUAUCAAGAUAAUCUAGUUUUGUCAGAUUAUCAAUGGAUCUUACAAUCGGAUGAAAUAAGACUUACUCAACAAAAAAUUCAUGAAGAAAAACAAAGAGCAGUUAUAAAUGCAUUAUCAUCAUAUCAAACUUCGAUUCAAACAUCAAUUGAUUAUGAAAUUGAUUUUCUUCCUGGUGAACCAGUAUUAGUAGGUAUGAACACACCAUAUUUUGAUAUAACAAAUGACAAAGCAAAUAUAAAUGAAUUAAGUAUUCAAUUAGCUCGAUUAACUAGUAAAAUGCUUCAUAAAAUUCAAACAUUAUGUCAAGAAACGCAAUUACCAUUUAAUAAACAAUUUCGUAUUGAAUUACGUCCAGCUUCAUUCUAUAAUUCUGAUCAUCAUUUAAACAAUCUUUGGGAAUUACGUCUCAAUUUAGAUCCUGUUGUUUGGUUUGAUUAUUAUUGGCAAAAAAAUGAACAAGAACAACGAAUAGAUUUUCUUAAUAAAGCUCGUACAUAUGUUGAUAAAUAUCGUCAUUUUGUUAAAUAUGAACAUUUAUCAGAACCAAAAUUUGAACCACUUGUAUCUGAACGACAUUGUCGUUAUCAAACAACAUGUGAGAAAGAAGGUGGUAAAUAUGCGCAUGCUCUUCAUUCAACAUUGAUUUGUUUAGAAAAUGGUUCAAUGUUACGUGAUGAUGGUUUACAAAAAUGUGGACAAUUUUUUGUUAAUAGUACUAUUGCUAUGCAAUGGCCAGUCAAAUCAAUGCUAAAUUCACAUAUUUCUAUAUUAACAAAUGACAAUAAUAUUGAUUAUGGUCUUAACUUUCAUUGGCAAACAUCUAGUUUUAUUUUUACUAGUAAACGUGAAACAGUACGUGAUCUUGUUAUGUAUGCAACACCACCUUGGCAUAUAACUAAUCGUAAAAUGGCUUGUUUACCAUUAUUUUGGUUAACAGUUAUUUAUACAUGUCGUUUUCUUUAUUCUGAACUUUAUUUACAAACAAAUCGUAAUAAUAUUCAAUGGCCAGUUAAUACUAUUGCACUUAAUUUCGGUAAAUGGGAAACAGGUGGUUCUUAUAGUACGCAUGCAAUUGAUUGUCAUGCUCAUGCACAUUUAUUAUUAACACGAGAAUUUAUUGAUGAAUGUAAUGAAACAUUUUUUCGACAAUUACAAGGUCGACAAAAUGCAUCACCUGAUUAUUUACAUCAGAAUGCUGAAAUACUUGAACGUGAACGAUUACUUAGUUACGAACUUCGAAAUUAUCAACAAACAAUAAAGGAAUUAAAAAUACAAAUUGAUGAAAUUCAAACUAAUAUGAAGACAAUGAUGAAUAUACUUGGAAAUAUAUUAACAAAAAAGUGA